AAGUCCCCUCAGUCGUCGUCGUUCCUCGAACCGAUCGAUGGUACCGCUCGUACCAGUACCAGGUUCGACUCUCUUUCUCUCUCUCUCACUCAUUCAUUCUACACUUAACGACUCGGUUUCGUUUAUAGUAGAAAAAAACCUCGUUUUAUCCGUGACGUGUGGUUGGUGUACAAUCCAAGUUUUAGUUUCUAACAAUAAGACGACUUUCGGGUUUACUGAUCACACAGUAUGUCAACAUUAUUAAAAUGGGCCCAAACCACACAAGGCAAACUGACGAACAGUAAAAACAACAAUAACGAGAGGAAAUGGAUCCAUCCACCCGAGAAUUUACAAAAGGGCCAUAUCGUUUAUUUGGUGAAGUUUUUAGGCAACACUCUGGUGGAUGAACCCAAAGGAAUAGAAGUAGUGAAGGAAGCAAUCCGGAAACUAAAGUUCACUCAGCAACUCAGAAAGAGCGAAAACGGCGGAAAAACCAAGAAAAUCGAACUGACCGUAAGUGUGGACGGUGUGGCCAUACAAGAACCACGAACCCACAAUAUUCUCCAUCAAUUUCCAUUGCACCAGAUAUCGUACUGUGCGGACGAUAAAGGAGAAAAAAGGUUCUUUUCCUUUAUAGCCAAACAUCAAAAUACCGAUGAAGAACCUGAAGAGAAACACUCAUGUUUCGUGUUCAUAUCCGAUAAACUGGCAGAGGAAAUCACCUUAACGAUUGGGCAAGCCUUCGAGCUGGCUUACAAACGUUUCCUGGAAACGUCCGGAAAAGAGUUGGAAAGUCAACAGAAAGCCAUAUUAAUCCAGCAGAAAAUGAAAAAACUGGAAAAGGAACUGGGGGUGUAUAAGCAGAGGCUAUUGGAUUUGAGCGGGAUGCCUGGGAUACGAUUAGAAGUGGAGGAGUAUCUGAGGAAAAAGAACUUGAGGACGAUAGUAGAUCUGGAGGUGGGGCAGAUGAAUGGUUCCGGUUUACCUCCUCAGAAUAAUGGGAUAAGGGAAGUUGAGGUGGCUGAUAUUAUUGAUUUUAAUGGAUCAGCACCCCCUAUUCCUCCUAGAGCAUUAGACAAUACUCCAAUUGUUGGCACUAAACUGGAAGGUUUAUUAAUGAACGAACUGGAUCAUGACGACGAUUUCGAUCCUAGGUCCUUUGAAAACAAUAAUAAUGUCAAACAAAACACCAAUUUACCUUUAAUUGCUCCUCCGCCAAAACCAGCCAAAAGAACAAACCUCUCGUUGAACAUGGGAGGAACCACGACUGGAUCAGAUAUGCUACAAUUAACUCCAUCUACACCCAGUGUUCCCACCCCGAAUAGCAUUUCAAGUUCAAAAAUCGACCCAUUCGAAAUGGGCGAUUUUGGAUCGAGCUCGUCCACGUUCCGGGAUAUGGAAAACGCCAUCGGGAUGCUCGAUAAGAAAAUAAUGGAAAUGAAGGCGGGGUUUUCCAGAGGCAUCAGUUUUGGAAACGACGACUUUUUCCUGGAAAGUUUGGACCCUUUAAAGAAUUAAGAAAUGGCCAACAAGAAAAAAUUUGCAAAAAAUGGUUAAUUUUUCUUCAAAGUUAGAAGUGAUAAUACUUAUACGUAGAUUUUUUUUAAAAUUGUUAUUAAUAAAAUUAUAUUUAUUUUUAUGAUGUAAAAAUAUAUGCAAUACGUUUCUA